CGGGGCGCGUCAGUGUAGGUUUGGCUGUACCGGCGCUCGUUUGCCUCUACGCCGUAGAACGCGCGGAAUGUAAAAAAAUACCGACUCUACAGGUGACGCUGCUACGCGCUACAAGAAACCUUUGACCAAAGUUCUAUAGGUAAUUAGUUAAUGGACGACGAAUUUUCAUUCACAUGUUGUUCGUGUGAUGAAAUUAUGAAUGAAUGAAUCAGCAUGAUACGUCGUUCGGAUUUCCUAUAAACAGUUCCAAAGUGGAAAUUUAGCCAGUGAUGGUGUAAGAGUUGAUUAGAGUCGUGGGCGAUGGUGCCGAACACGAGAUGGCUCUGCUUCUUGAUAUGUUUAACAAUUAUCGUAAAAGAAGGGAGCGGCCAGGCAACAGAUGUAGAUGUCCGUCUAACAGCACCCAGUUGGGUCGCACGAGGUGGCUCUGCGACUAUGCGAUGUCUUCAUCAGGUACCACCACAACUUCUCUAUAAAGUGGAAUUCUUGAGAUCCGGAGCUAAAGUACUGCAGUAUGUGCGCGAGAGAGUUCCGCCCUUUACCAAUUACACAUUUCCCGGCGGAAAGUUAAACAUGUCUCUCGUGACUGAGAAUUCUAUAACAAUCGAGAACUUGGAUCCUUCAGCGUCAGGUCUGUACUGGUGCGAGGUGUCCCUAGAGACGCCCAUAUUUACGGCAGCCUCGCCGCCGCAUCAGUUGACUGUCGUCUAUGCCCAAAAACAUCCGCCGAUCAUAACUUUCGGAAAACCCGAUGUGGUUGUCGAAGGUUUGCUGCGAGCUAAUUGUACCAGCGCGCCUGCAGCACCAGCGCCCCGACUCACUUGGUAUAUUGACAAUGAAAAGGUACCGGAGGAUUCAAUCAAAUACUUCUCAUACAGAGUAUCAAGUUCCACAAGAACUAAAGGCGGCGGUGGAUAUAAAAACAGAAAAUAUCACCAUCGAUAUAUAGCACCUGAGUUUAACUACACCGCUAAGUACUGGGCUCUUGUUAGUGAAACGACUACAGUAACGCCGAACACCACAAAACAUAAUAAAUGUACUUUGAACGAAGCGCAAAGUGAAGAAAUGAAAAAGAUCCGCGAGAAGCCUCGGGAGCCUCAAAUAGUGCCGAUAUCUCUAUGGGUGUCUAUCGCGGAGUUACGGACUCCGGCGCAUGGCAGACUGCAGCUUACCUGCACCGCAACUAUCCCUGACGAAGUCGGCCCCGGAGAGCGAUACGCUGAUCUCAAGAAACAAACUGUGUCAGUUGAAAUGAACGAGUUAAGCCUCAAACGACCACUAACUGAGAAUAGCCAAGCUAAUUCGACUGCGUCGUCUAUACCACACCGUCUUUGGAUUCUGGGCUACGGCAUUCUCUUACAUGAGCUUCUACUAAUAUAUUAAAUAUUUUACCGACACAGGAGCUCGUAUAGAUAUUACAGUUAGCAACCGCAGUACUUAAUAAACGAUCUAUGUCAAUCCGCAUUAGUGACCCUAUAUCGUAAUGUAACUAUCGCUUAAAUGUCUAUUAUUUUUGUACAGAGAAAAUCAGAUAUUUCUUAUAUUAAAUUAUGUUAUUACAAAUGAUAUAAACGAUGUUUUUUUGUUAUUUUUCACGUAUGAAAGUAAUUUUUAUUCCGGAGCUUCUGCAUGUCAAUUACAACUCCUUUGUAGACAGGGUGUUCUGCUUAAAAAUAAUUUCAAUAAACUCAAAGAUUUUAUGUAUUUUUAAAACUCUACAAUCCUAUUUAAUAAUGUAAUUUUAUGUAAAAGUUUUCUAACACUUUCAUUGCUAACAAAUGUAACCA